AUAAACAAAACAUUAAUGUGCCCAAGUAGCCUAUCAAUAACAACCGCACUGAGUGAUUAAAAAAAAACCGGAGGGCUACGUGUGGCUCACCGCGUGUCAAUUUUUGAAGUAGAGGAACAGUUUCGCAGGAGUUAAUGGCCGAUAUCAACUUUCAACUUCUGUACUUGACAGGUAAAAAUUUAGAUAUCCACAUGUGAGGGAGACAGCUUUGUGAAUAAUAGAAAGAGACGGUGACAUCAAGGCCGGAUUCAUUGACACCGCGUUGGUCUCAUCAGGGACAAGAGCGAUAUCAUAGGAACCAUUAGCAGUAUCUAGUUGUCGGGCUUCGAUUGAUGCCAUGAGCUGGCAUCACAAACAGACAAGAGUGGACUCCUAGAUGGUACUCUAUGGCGUGGUCCGGUGAAUGUAGCGAGUACGAAGAAGGCGACAAUGGGGACGAAACCAGCUCAGACCUUGACGAGAUUCCCGACGAUGAGCUGAUCAUAGUGUUGCGAGAUGAACAGGACAGUAUUAAAGAAGCCCAACGUCUGAUUCACAAGGAGAUCAAGUCGAUCCGCCGGGAAUUGAAGCAGAUCCUGCGGCAAUAUGACGCCUCUCAGCUCGUCCAACAACCUCUCCACAACGAUCACCAGGCUGACAUAUCAGACUCAGGGGUAGGUACGCCCAGCUACGUCAAUGAGUACAACAGGGCCAGUGAAGUUACCUCCUCACAUGGAGACAGUGAAUCCGGCUACCAGGCUUCCGUUGAGUGUGAUAGCGACAUGGUAACUAGACAAAGUCUUGAUGGGAGAUACAGGCCGCAGUCAGCGGGGAUGCAUGAGAAAGGUUCACGGUCUGGUAGUGUGAGCUCUGAGCGCUCUGGGAGAACUACUCCAAAUGCUACUCGGACUCUCUAUGAGGUAGCUCCACAGCUUGUCAACAGUGAAACGCAUCAUGACAUUACUGACCACACGAGUGGAUUAAACUCAACCUACGAAGAUGCCUACAUCAUGAUGAGGCGAAGACAUCGACAUGUGGACUCGCCAAAGAAGAACGGAUCUUCGAGGGAAACUGGUGGCAGGUGGAGAUCAACCCAAAAGCCCAGAGAGAGAAUAUACUCUAUCCCUGAAUCUGAUCCAACUCGUCCAGUGCUCCGGGAAGACCCUAGAAACGGUCAGACACCGGUUCAGAGUUCAGAGGACGAGUUGGGCGAGUAUCCAGCAUUGCAAGCAAACACUUACACCAACUGUAAUGCAAGUGAGACACAACAUAGAGACCGAUCUCAGUCAGUUGGCCAAAUUAAACUGAACAGCGACAAACUUUCACCACUGACUUUGGAUGAGAACUACCCGUGGCCCAACAGGCCACAUUCUGCCACAACCCAAUCAACUAGUUCUCAUAAGAGAACAGGAAGGACUGGAGCACAGUAUGAAAGACCGACAUCUGCAGCAAGCAGCGACUCUGAUCAACCUCCACACCUUUCAGACUCAAGUAGGUUUCCGAUACUAAGCUCAGAGAAGGCGUCAAGGGCCUCACCCACAUUCUCAGACAGUAGCUACGACCUGCAGGUGGGUAUGGACACCCACGGCUUCACCCCACGGGGACAUUCUUCUCCAGGGCUUGUCCAAUGGAGAGAUUACCUGCACAAAGACAGAAACCUACAACCUAGUAACGACACACCUCGGCAUAACAGAGACUCUAUGGAGGGUUACUGGGGAGAGGGUACCUCCCAGUCAUCUUCAUCUCACUCCAUGUAUCAGAGUCAUGAUAUGGGACAGGGAGCCUACACAGAUAUGCCCUCUGGUCAGACCCACAGCCCUUGUCUGAAGUAUGACCGCACAAGGACUAAGUUUGUCAGAGGAACCCAGCCAGUGAUGAAAGUACCUGAACUCAUGUCUGGUGUUCUUUAGAACAGGAUUGUAUUUUACAGUCGACAUAAAUAGAACAUUUCUCAAGUAUUUUUGAAGAAGUAUCCACAGUGUGUUGGUAACGCUGAUUCCAAGCGAUGACUUUAUAUUACUACCCCUUAUGGUUAAUGAUUACCUACUAGCGAUUGGGACCGACCCUAUAAAUGGUAUAAAUUUACAUGUUACUCUCGUACAUAUGGUGUUACUGCAAAAGAUGGUACUGCAUAAGAACUGACACAAUGUAUACAUUUUUAGAAGGAGUUCAUCUCUCUGUUUGUGAAGUCAAUACGUGACAUUUGCUUCGUUCAAGGGACACCGACAUAUUGUCAUGUUGUAGAAGACUGCUGCUAUUGUGAUUAUCAACAGCAUGUCCUACACUGCAUUUGACAUAUUUUUCAGGAACCAUCAUCUUAAAGGCAGUGGGCACUACAUGUAUUGGUAAUUAC